ACGGCAGGUAAAAGUGAAAGUAAAAAAUUUACUACUUCCUCGCCUAAUAAAGUCCUUUGGAAAUUGCGCGUGGAAAACAAAAGAUCUGUGUAAUCGCAAGUCUAACUCAUGGACUCGGACAGACACCGGGACUCCCGGAUCGGACGCUGGUUGACAACUGGGAUCCAAAGCAAAAUCUGAUUAAUAGCUGGGCUCCGGGAACGGACUGUGAUUGACACCUGCGCUGUGGAAUUGGCCCUGGCCACUUGGGCCUUUGAGGUGGUUUCUCAUUCCCAAGAACCAGUGUAGGCCAAGAUCAUUGCCACUUCGUGGCUUGAAGUUUUCCAAAUUCACCUGCCGUGGUCGAUUCAGGCUAACAUAAGAAAAGGCACUGAAUUUUUGCUCCUAUUUAGAAAUACUUCAGAAAAGCAAGACAGAAUGUCAAAUACGGAAAUAGUGUUAAGUGAUAAUUUACCCAGCACCAAGGAUUCACCGGAUCGAGGCCAGGCUGCUUCUAAUACCUCAAAUAUUGAAGAUGGAACAAAUAAAGUGAGACAGAGCUCCUUCAAAACCAGUAAAAAAGCAUCAGAAGAAACCAGCAAUGCAGAAGUUAAGGUGUCUGAUGAAAAUCCAAAAGAACAGUCUGGAUUGUUGCGAAACAUUUACCGAUUAAGUAAAAGAAAAUUAAGUUUCUCACCUCCAAAAAGUUCAGACAAGGAUAAAACAAAGGCUGUGUUGAACGAAAACACAGCAAAUAACUCAGAAAUGGGGAUCAGAGAAGAAGAAGCACGCGUGGAAGACGAUAAGAUGGUUGAGAACACAAAGUCCCCGUUGUCAGUAAUGGAAAUACACCAGUUAAUAAUAAGAAAUUUGUUAGUGGAGGCAAAUGAAAAUAUAAAUAAAAUGGAAAAAGAGUUGCUGAAUGAGAGAAAGCCUGCAAAAGAUGAAGAGUACCACCAACAAUAUAUGGUAAAAGUUCGAGAUCUCAACCUGCUCUGUGAUGCACUUGCUGAACAAAUGAUGUCCAUAAUUGCCAAUUCCCUCACUGUUGUCAAAGAAAAUAGUAACUAUUUGUGUUUGGCAGUGAAAGUUAUUGAAUUAGAAGAAGCAGCAGACAAAGAGUGGCAAGAACAAAUGAAUCAUUCUGAUGUUGAGAGUUUCAGAAGACCCCGAAAGUGGCAAGAAUUGUGGAGAGAAACAGUAACCAAAAGUGUAAAAGACAGGAUAGCUAAUGUGCCCUUAUUUACAAAGGAGCAGAAGGCUCACUGGAUGGCACAGCACUUAUCAGACCUUCAACAAAUUAUUGUUGAGGACCUGAAAACUGUCAAGAGCUUUAUACAAAAAUGUUAUCCAGAAAGUUACAAUAUUUUUAACGUGUAUUUGAAAUGCUAUCACCAAACUGUAGCUUCUCACUUGGAAUGCAUCCAACAGAAACAGCUUGAAUCAAGUGAUCUUUAUUCGCUACUCAACUGGAUUAUUCACACCUACAAAAGUGAUAAUAUUAUGAACCAUCCUGAUCUUUCACCAAAAGUGAACAUAGAGGGACUCGGUCCAUUGUUAGAUGAACAGAUUAUAAAGAAUAUCAUGGCCAAAUACGUUGAAGCUUUGAAGUUUACAGUUCCACUGUGGAUGAGGAACAUACUGAAGGAAGAUAAAGCAAAAUGGUCUGAACCUGAAGCACAUGAACCAGAAAUAAUGAUGGGUUGUUAUCAUUCUCAUGUUGCCUCUGAUAUAAGCGAGAUGAUUGUUGCACAUCUAAACGAAUCUGGCAAGAUUAGCAAAGAUCUGAAGGAGAAAGUUUUAUGUUACUACCUGGAAGAAUUAUCAAAUUUUAUACACUGCUACCAACAAGACUUGAAAGACAGAAAACAGAGUGUUCCAAACCCACUACCACUCCUGAUUGUAAGCAUCAACAGCUACAUUGAUCUUGGCAAAUUCAUAAAGACUCUUAAAGAAGACAAUGCUGCACAUGUCAACAAAGUAGAAAAGAUAUUAAAGAAAGCCGUACAGGAGCUCAACAAAAUUCUUUCUGAUGAUCUUCUGUUUAAAGUGUUGCAUUGUUUUAAGAAGCUCAUGACAAAUAAGUGGUUGUCCAGCAGUGAAGAUUUUGAUCAGCUAAUAAACAUGGCUGAAAAGCAUUGCGAAGAGUUCAGGAAAAUGAAACAGGCCAAUUGCAAGGUGCUGAUUUCUGAUCUCCACUAUCGGUUUGUUAGAGAGUACAUUACACCAAUCAUGAAAAGGCACGUCAGCUACAAAUCAUCUACAAAGCGUGUUACAGCAGCAAAUAAGAUAAGAGAAGAAUUAGGAGCAAUAAAUAAGAUGUAUGAAGAAUUUGGUAGCUCUGCUUCAUGGCUUUUUCCAGUAACUCAACAUUUGUCUGAUUUUAUUGGUACAAAUGAAAAUGAACUUGAAUCAAAACUCAACGCAUUAUUUGAGGACUAUCCAGAUAUCGGCGAAGAACAUAUUUCAGCCCUUCUUUAUUUCCGUGGGAUUUCAAGAGGAGAAAAGAAAAACAAGUUAAUGAAAUAUUUCAACCAACUGGAGAAAAAUUUGAAAGAUCCAAUGAAAACUACCCACCCAUUUCUUUUUGCUGAAAUAAUCACUGGACCAGUGACCUGCCUGCCAUCAUUUUAAUACAUUUUAUAAUCCACAAAUGGAAUAUUUAUGUAGAUAUCAUAGUAUAAGAAGAAUAUCUUCAUUGUUUGAUGGCUAUGCAAAUUACAGUUAUCAGUUACUUCUUACAUAAACCCAGAUUGCAUAAAUGUGAUUUAAUGUUUGUAUUGAGAUUGUCUAUAAAUCCUGAUAACAGCAUGCUAUUAUUGGAAUUAAGUAUUGGAAACAAUGAAAUUCACUUAAUAUUGAAUAAUGGCUUCUGUUAGUAAGCGGAGCAGCCUUGUGAAAUGUAGAUUCUUUGCAGUGUCUGCAGAUAAAAGUAAACUUAUACCCAAGCACAGCCUAUGCUCUGUUCAUACACAGGGUCCCUAGGGGGUCCUGAAACAUCUCAUGCCAAAUUCAGUUGUUCCAGGUCUUUAUUUGAGGUGGAAUAACUACAAGUCUCCGAUUUGAAUUAACUAGAUAAAACACAGGAAAUACUUAGCAGGUCAAGCAGCAUUGGUGGAGAGAGGAAAAACAAAGUCGCGUCAAAACCGGCUUCUGUAAUUUCUGCCACCUUCAAUGAGAUGUCACCAUCAGACACAUCUUCAUCUCUCCUCCCCUUUCAGCAUUCUUAAGGGACUGUUCCUCCUCAACCCUCUGACUUGUUUUUCCAUCUCUACCACUACCCUUCUCACAGCACCUUCUCUCAGAAGAUGUAACACCAGCCCUUUUUAUCUCUUCUCUAGACUUCUUAUAGGGCAAGCACAGAUGCACAGCUUAAACUUAGUGUUUUGUACUUGGUGUUCAUGAUGUGACCCCCUCUGCAAAGGAGAAGCCAAACAUGCUUCUUUUCUAAAUUUUCCCAAUUCUAAAGGAAGGUUGUUGACCUGAAACAUUAGCCCUAUCUCUCUACACAAAUGCUGCCAAGCCUGCUGAAUAUCUCCAGCAUUUUCUGUUUUUAUUUGAGAUAUCCAGCAGCUGGAGAUUUCUGCUUUCAAGUUGGAUUUUAUAUUAAUAUAGAUUUCUCUCCUGUGUGUUCAAAAGAAAUGAACUCCCUUCCCCUUUCAAAAGAAUCAUGGACCUGCCUUAUCUGAUAUUGUGGAUCAUCAAGCCGUUUAGAUCAGCUGGGAAUGUGGUAAAAUGCAGUUGACUGAUUGACCAUAGGUAAUUCAUCUUGAGAAUAACUUUGCAUUUAUGACUGGGACCACUGUUCAAACUUCAAAGUUCCACCAUCCAGCAGGAGCAGUUGGUGAAUGGAACACCACUACCUGCAGUCUCCUCUCCAAGUUGCACACUAUCCUGAAUUAGAAAUACAUCAAUGGUUCAGCUCACUACCACCUUCACAAGGGCAAUUAGGGAAGCCAAUAAAUGCUGAUCUAGCCAGCAAUACCAGUGAUUAAAGAAAAAUAACAAGCUGUGGGAAUGAACAGGUAGAUGUGUUUCUCCUUCAAGCUGCUGUCUCCUUUGACCUUCUGGUGGUGGUGCAGAGAUGCAAGUCCAGAUAGCUAGACUGACAAUCCAGAAACCUGACUUCCAUUGCUUGCCAGCUGUGGAAUUUAAAAUCAGUUAAUGAUUUGGAAAAACAACAACUUAUGUAAAUAAUGAGGACCACAAAAACUAGAGUACUAUAAAAACAUACUGCACUUCAGGGGAAGAAAUCUCCCAUCCUGGUCUGGCAUUAUGUAUGGCUUCUGUCCCAUCCCAUGUAGUUGCCCUGAAUGCUUUCUGAAUUGGCCUAGCAAGUCGUUAAGUUGUAGUGACUCCACAGGAAAAUAAGUAAAUAGAUAGGUGUUAUCUGCCUCACAUUCACAUCCCAGUUAUUCAGAAAUUUCAAAUAGUUCAGAAUUAACAGCUUUAUGCAGGAGAGUUCCCGACUUUGCAUAUUUUUUUAAAAAAACUUCCUUCACUGCUGCAUCCCUGGAUACUAACUGCCAUCAGUUUUAGACAGGAAUCAGUCCAACAUUACCUGAGACACUGGUCAGGAUCAAUACAUCAGUGGCAAAACAGAGAUAAAGUGAGCAAUCGCACUGUUGGGGCAGCAGAAAUGUUUGUUCAUUGCAUAUGACUAUUUUCUUAGAUGUUUAGACACGUGAAUGAUAGAAAAAUAGGGGGCUAUGUGGGAGGGAAGGAUUAGGUAGAUCUUAGAGCAGAAUAAAACGUCGGCACAACAUUUUUGGGCCAAAGGCCCUGUAUUGUGCUGUCGUGUUCUAUGUUUGUAAUUGUUAUGAAUAAACUGUAUAUUCAAUGUAGCUGAUUUGUUUAAU